GAGAAAAGAAAAAAGAUUCAAGAGAGACACAAAGAGGAGAUAGAUAAAGACAAAGCUCAGAUCUUCCAUUAACAACCGCCAUAUCCAAUUCUUCUUUGUUUAAAGUAUUUUUUUUUUUUUUAAUUUCUUCCUUAAUCAAAUUUCUUGGAAUAUUCCACCACUUUCUCUCUAAACCCCCAAAACUCAUUUCCAUUUUUGUUCCCUUUUUUCCCCUCAAUUUCUUCUGGUUCUUUCGGACAUUGGAGCUUGAAUUGAUUGAAAGCUAAGUCAAUCAAUCUUUUAUUCUUUUUCUUCACCAUGAACCCUCAAGUGUAAACGUGACGGCAACAACGAAAGUGUUUCCUUCAAGGGCAAUCAAAAAUUUAUUUCCAUUUUGUGGUUCCGGAAUUUACACUCUCUGCCAUACACAAUCAUGCCCUUCUGCAAUUGAUCGUUCGUCUUCAGGAAUUUGGUGAUCCGUGUGGGUGAAAUUACCUGCAAUGUAUUUUCGUAAUGCGGCUUCUAAUUGGGGAUUUGAUUCUUAACAACUUCGUUUUCUGUUUAUUUGGAUCUCAACCCCAAUUUCUCAAUGGCUUUAUUUCGCAAAUUCUUUUAUCGGAAGCCACCCGACGGGCUUUUAGAGAUAUCCGAAAGGGUUUAUGUUUUCGACUGCUGCUUUACAACGGAGGUGUUGGAAGAAGACGAAUACAAGGUCUAUAUUGGAGGGAUUGUGGGACAACUUCGUGAGAGUUUGACCGACGCUUCAUUCAUGGUGUUCAAUUUCCGAGAAGGGGAGCAUCAUAGCCUCAUUACUAAUAUAUUAUCUGUAUAUGAUAUGACUGUCAUGGACUAUCCUAGACAAUAUGAAGGCUGCCCUUUACUCACUAUGGAGAUGAUCCACCACUUCUUAAGAUCCAGUGAAAGCUGGCUUUCACUUGGGCAACAGAAUGUACUUUUGAUGCACUGUGAAAGAGGGGGGUGGCCAGUCUUGGCUUUCAUGUUGGCCGCUCUUCUGAUUUACAGGAAGCAGUAUGCUGGGGAGCAGAAAACUUUGGAUAUGAUUUACAAGCAAGCACCACGGGAACUUUUGCAGUUGAUGUCACCUCUUAAUCCAUUGCCUUCACAGUUGAGGUAUCUUCAAUAUGUAUCAAGAAGAAAUGUGGGCUCAGAAUGGCCUCCGCUUGACAGAGCCCUUACUCUAGACUGCAUAAUUAUUAGAUUUAUUCCUAAUAUGGAUGGGGAGGGUGGUUGCCGCCCAAUAUUUAGGAUAUAUGGACAGGAUCCGUUUAUGGCUGCUGAUCGAACUUCCAAAGUAUUAUUCUCAACCCCCAAAAAGAGUAAACUUGUUCGUCAGUAUAAGCAGGUAGAUUGUGAACUAGUUAAAAUUGAUAUCCAUUGCCAUAUCCAAGGUGAUGUUGUUCUUGAAUGUAUAAGUUUGGACAAUGAUCUGGAAAGGGAGGAGAUGAUGUUCCGAGUUAUGUUUAACACAGCAUUUAUAAGGUCAAAUAUUUUGAUGCUUAACCGUGAUGACAUUGAUAUUUUAUGGCAUGCAAAGGAUCAAUUUCCAAAGGAUUUCAGAGCAGAGGUUCUUUUCUCAGAGAUGGAUUCUUCCGCUUCACUUAUUUCAAUUGAAUUGCCAAAUAUUGAAGAGAAAGAUGGUCUUCCAAUUGAAGCCUUUGCUAGAGUUCAAGAGAUCUUUAGCAAUGUGGACUGGCUAAGCCCAAAGGCAGAUGCAGCUCUUAACGUGCUUCAGAAAAUAACAGCUUCAAAUUUGCUUCAAGAGAAACUGCUUAGUUCUGGCUCUUUAGACAAAAGGCAAUUGCUUGACUUGUCUCUUGAAAAACUAAUCUUGGAAUCAGAGACAUCUGAAGAAAAUAUUAGAAGUCCUCGAUUGAAGAUACAGACAAAGCAUUCUAAGCCUUCUUCCGAAUCAUCUAAAGCUGCAAGUCCAGUGAUAUCAAAGAUUGAACCCUCAGAAUUGCAGGAUGCUCUCCAACUACCACCUCAGUCUAAAAUAAUCACUCAACGAAUACCUCAACUGCCAUUGUCUACGCCAGUCUCCUUCCGUAAUUCUGUGCAAGGUUCGCCUCGCCCUAUACUGAGAUAUCACAGUGCACCCUCAGCUCUUGGCAUUACAGCUUUAUUACAUGAUCAUUCCGAUUUUAGUGGUAAAGAACUUAUACAUUCAGGGACAACAUCUUCACCAUCAUCUGCUCGGUUGAGUACAACUGCUCUAGAUUCACCUAAAGAUAUUCAACGUAGUAAGCUUCCUAUUUCUCCUCUCCCUCUAGUAUUAGAGCCAAGAUCUACAUUAGAAAAUUCUUCUACCACCGCAUCAACUUCAACCAUUCCUGAUCCAUUGUCCCUUCACCAACUUUCUUUGAAACCUAUUAAAUCUUUAGUUUCUCAACAGACCCAAACCGCAUCACACGUGAGAAGUCAAUUAUCACCAUCUUCAUUACAACCAACUUCUACCUCUUAUAUUGGGAAAUCCUCACCCUCUCUCAAUGAUAGCGAAGCUUCAAGAUCAUCUUCCUCUCCUUUGUUAAGAUCAUCUCCAUCUUCUUGUACAAAAGAAUUAAAUUCCGUUUCCACUCCUCCUCCUCCUCCCCUCCCCCAUUUUGAUUCACCUUCAGCUUUAGCAACAUCUCCACCUUCUAGUAGGACGAAUGGUUCGAUUUCCCCAUCCUCACCACAACCGCCUUCUGCGACACAACUGUUAUCUUCUAGCAAGGAAACAACUCAAACCGUUCCUCAAUUUUCUUCGUCUGAUGAUCAUCUAGUUUCUUCAGAGUCACCUAUAAACAACUUGACGAGUGUCUCUCCCCCUCCUCCUCCUCCUCCUCCUCCUCCUCCUCCAUGUUGUAGCCCUAACUUGGGCACUAGUGUUGUCUCGCCAACAUCAGUGCCUCCGCCCCAACCUCCACCUCUACCUCCUUCAUGGAAGGACUCUACGAAGACAUUCAUGCAUGUUCCCCCAGCUCCACCACCACCGCCACCACCUCCUUCAAGUCUUGCACCACAAGAUUUUGCCACAGUAGUUAGGACCUUGAUGAAGGCAUCUGGCCCUCCACCUCCCCCACCUCCCCCAUUACAUUCAUCUCUAGGUUCUAAUACUGUAUCUUCAGUGCCGCCCCCGCCACCCCUUCCUAGUCUUGCAGCAAAUGUUGCAACAACCGUUAACUUGACACAUGUCUCUGGCCCCCCUCCUCCUCCUCCACCACCUUUAGCAAAUUCUGGACCCACCUUAUGUCCAGGUGUUGCAACGUCAGCUCCACCUGCUCCACCUCCUCCAGGUUUCUCAAUGAAAGGUUCUGCAACACAUGCUCCACCUGCACCCCCUCCUCCAGGUCUCAGUGGUAAUAAACUCUCAAAUGUCAAUGGUACUUCCUCACAGUCUCACGUUGGCAAUAAUAACAGCAACAUACCUUCUGUUCCUGGACCACCUUCCAGUGCUCUAUUCAAUGCUAAGGCACGUGGCCUUGGACGUUUGAACUCCAAAAACCAGUCUCAACCUAAAAGAUCCAAUUUAAAGCCUUAUCACUGGCUAAAGUUAACGAGGGCCAUGCAAGGAAGCUUAUGGGCAGAGACUCAAAAGACCGAUGAAGCUUCCAAAGCUCCGGAGUUUGACAUGUCCGAACUUGAAAGUCUUUUCUCUGCAGCUGCACCAAAUUCAGACUCUGGAGGUUCGGGUUGUAAUUCAAAUCGCCGAGCCUCAGGGCCAAAAUCAGAUAAAGUUCAUUUGAUUGAACUUCGACGGGCCUAUAAUUGUGAAAUUAUGCUUUCUAAAGUUAAAAUUCCUUUGCCUGACAUGAUGUGUUCGGUCCUUGCACUGGAUGAAUCGGCAUUAGAUGUGGAUCAGGUUGACAACCUAAUCAAGUUUUGUCCAACAAAGGAAGAAAUGGAAUUACUAAAGGGUUACAAUGGGGAUAAGGACAACUUGGGAAAAUGUGAACAAUUCUUUUUAGAAUUAAUGAAAGUCCCACGAGUAGAGUCCAAGCUAAGGGUAUUUUCUUUCAAGAUACAAUUCCGAUUGCAGGCCUCUGACCUUAGAAAUAGUCUGAAUACUAUUAAUGCGGCAUCUGAAGAGAUCAGAAGUUCGGUAAAGUUGAAAAGGGUAAUGCAAACUAUCCUUUCAUUGGGUAAUGCUUUGAACCAUGGAACGGCUAGAGGUUCCGCUAUUGGAUUUCGGCUUGAUAGUCUCCUUAAACUCACUGAUACGCGAGCCAGAAACAAUAAGAUGACCCUCAUGCACUAUCUAUGUAAGGUUCUUGCUGAAAAGCUGCCAGAACUUCUAGAUUUUCCAAAGGACCUUGUGAGUUUGGAAGCUUCUACGAAGAUACAACUGAAAUACUUGGCAGAAGAAAUGCAAGCCAUAAGCAAAGGGCUUGAGAAGGUUGUUCAGGAAUUGGCUAAUUCGGAGAAUGAUGGACCCAUUUCUGAAACUUUUUGCCGGACUUUAAAAGGCUUCCUUUCUCAUGCCGAGGCAGAAGUGAGGUCUCUUGCCUCUCUUUAUUCUAAUGUGGGUAGAAAUGCCGAUGCACUGGCUCUUUAUUUCGGCGAAGAUCCUGCACGUUGCCCUUUUGAGCAAGUUGUUUCUACACUGUUCAAUUUUGUGAGGAUGUUUGUGCGAGCGCAUGAAGAAAACUGUAAGCAGCUUGAAUAUGAAAAGAAGAAAGCACAGAAAGAAGCCGCAGAAAGGGAGAAGUUGAAACUGGGUACCGCAAAAAAGGAGUCGGGAAUCUUAAUGCAGACUCAAUUCUAGCGUAGCAACGUCAAAACAAUCUGCAGUGUUCUAACAAACAUUCCUGCAACAUUACUAAGUUAUCCUCCAUAAGCUGAUAAUACGUUGUGACCAAAGUAACCCAUAACCAAUUGAUCAUGCACGAUCGAAUAACACCAGCGUCAAUGUCGCUCAUCUUGGAUAGAAGAACGUUUCAGAGGCACGGGAUGUAGAAUAAGUAGCCAGUGCUGGGAUGAAACUAAAAACCAGCAAGUCUUCUACCAAACUUUUGUAAUAUUUCUUAACAACAGAAGAAGAAAUUAAAUAAUUAAUAGCCUAAUAGGAGUGUGAAACUCAUCAGCCAUUGUUGCUGUCAUUGUUUAUGUAAUGAGUUACUAUAGAGGUAGAUAUUUUUUUGGUGAAGUUUAAGGAAGUCGUCAUGUGUUUGAGGCAGAAGCACUCAAAUGAUGGGACUUUCUUGGUUAGAUCAGAAUUUUGGUGUAAAAUAUAUCAUAUAUGUAAUAGUAGUUUUGUUCAUGUUCUAAUAUAAUUACAUUCUUUCCCCUCCAA